AUGUCUUCAACAACAACAAAAAAUGAUGCAUUUCAAAGUUCUAUUGAAGAAACUGAAGAAGAACAAAUAGAUCAUCGAUCUAAUUCAUCACGUCCAUCAUUAGUUCCACGUCAAAUAUCAUUUGCACAAGAUGGAGCUACAUUUGGUGAAAUAAUUCUUGUUCUUUUACCAUAUUUUGUUUUAAUUUUUGAUGUUUUUAUUUAUUUUCUUUUACGUGGAUUUAAAUUUACAUCAUUUGAUAAUUCGAUUCUCAGAUCAAAUAAAUAA